AUGAUAGCUAGGUAUUUAAGAUACUUAAGGAAUCGAAUAAUGACUGAGCCAAAAAGAAAUAUCAUAAGUAUAGUGGGGACCACUGGUGUGGGAAAAUCACAAUUCAGUAUAGAUCUUGCCAGAGCCAUUAAUGGGGAAAUCAUCAAUGCAGAUUCCAUGCAAGUAUAUAAGAAGUUGGAUAAUAUAACAAACAAACAUCCUAUGGAAGAGAGAUAUGGAGUACCUCAUCACGUCAUGAAUCAUGUUAAUUGGAAUGAAGAAUAUUUCAUACAUCGAUUUUCAGAAGAAGCCAAUAAGGCCAUUGAAGAUAUUUACAGUAGAGGCAAAAUACCGAUCAUAAUAGGAGGGACUCAUUAUUACUUGCUGAAUCUUCUAUUUAACAAUAAGACGAUUGGGAAUUCAACUGAAGAAAUAGAACAGAAACAAUUAAGUGAAGAUCAAAUUAAAUUAUUAGAUGGACCUGUGGAGAAUAUAUUCGAAGAGUUAAAAAACAUAGAUCCUAUAAUAGUUGAAAAGUUCCAUCCACAAGAUAAACGAAAGUUAAGAAGAGCGUUGGAAAUAUUUUAUGAAACUGGGGAGAAACCAUCAUCGAUAUAUCAUGAUCAAAAGCUUGAGGAACUAGAAAAUUCCUCUUUGAAAUAUAAUACAUUAUUAUUUUGGGUUUAUUCUGAUCCAGAAGUUCUAAAAAAGCGACUUGAUACUAGAGUGGAUAAGAUGAUGGAAUCUGGAGCUUUAGAAGAAAUCAAAGAACUAUAUGAUGUAUAUAAAUCACAAUCUCCACCGCCUGACUGUUCAUCAGGAAUAUGGCAAGUUAUUGGGUUUAAGGAGUUUAUUCCAUGGUUAGAUGCCACUAAUGGGGAAGAAAUAGAUAAUCCAUUGUAUAAAGAAGGAGUUGAACGAAUGCAAAUCAGAACGAGACAGUAUGCCAAGUAUCAAGUUAAGUGGAUAAAGAAGUUAUUAUCAGUUGAAUUGCAAAAAGAAUCCCGAUUUGGAUUUAAAUACGGAGGGAAAUUAUAUUUAUUGGAUGCUACUGAUCUUAAUGUAUGGAACUCGAAUGUGAGUUCUAGAGGAGUUGAGAUAACGAAACAAUUUCUUGCCGGUGGUCCUAAAGCAAUAACAUUACCUCAAGCUCCAGAAAAUUUGAAAGAAAUGAUUCCUGAUGAUGAUUUUUUUUCAAGUUACAAAAGUAAUAAGGUUAUAGGUUCCGAAUCAAAUUGGAAGCAUUAUACAUGUCCAAUCUGCAAAGAUAAGAAUGGCAAUGCAUUAAUUGCUGUAGGGGAUGAAAGUUGGCAAAUUCAUGUAAAUAGUAAAAGACAUAAAAAGCAAGUAUCGGCUGGUGAAAAGAAAAGAAAGCAUUUAGAGUUGCUAAAACAAUAUGGAGAUAGUACGGUCACGGAGAAAAGUAGAAAGUCUUUAAAGCUUGAUGAGCAAUAA